AUGACGACCUUUCGAUCGAUGCAUCUUAUGGACACCUUAACCUUCAAUUUUGUCAACCUAGAUCAGCUGACGGAAACGUACUGUACAUCAUUUUACGGCGAAUAUGUUACGCAUUGGCCAGAAUACCAGCGAGUUUGUAUUCAUCCAACGACUGGUCUACACAUGGGCUAUGCGCUGGGCAAGGCGGAGGGGAAUGGGGAGGAUUUUCAUGGCCACAUUUCUGCCGUAACGGUCGCAUCGACCUUCCGCCGUCUAGGGCUCGGUGCGAGCCUUAUCAAGGAGCUCGAAGAGGCCACCACCGAUAUCCACGACGCGUACUUUGUUGAUUUGUUUGUUCGCAAGGGUAACACGGUUGCCCAAGACAUGUACCACAAGCUCGGAUACAUCGUCUACCGGAGGGUGCUUUCAUACUAUCAAGGCGAGGGAUCCAAGGGACAUUUUAAAUACGACGAGGAUGCAAUGGAUAUGCGCAAAGCCAUGCCUCGUGACAAAACUCGGAAAAUUAGCUCCGUCAUACCGCUCAAGCACCCAGUGCGAGCCGAUCUUUUGUGGAACUGA